AAAAAGAAUCCCCAAUGAAGGUGAAACGUAAAAACUAUUCAGUCAAUCGAGCCAUCUCUGUCUGAGGUAGUCCUGUUAUUAUUUUCUCUGUUAAUUUUCCAUUUUCAAAAUGCGAUUCAAAAUUGCAAAGUGGAACAACAUCAACGGACACAAGAAAAUAGUGACAUGUGCUGCUUGGAAUUCAUCAGAAGAAAUCUACUCCGCGGGAGAGGAUCACCUGCUGAUCUGCUGGCACCUGGAAGGAGGCACAGCUCAUCCCUCGACAGUGGUGGAAUUCCCCAAUGACUUCAAUCCAACCGACAUGCAGUGGCAUCCGCGUUCCAUCCAGAACGUGGGAAGCAGCAAGAUGAAGCAGUCCCUGGACAUGCUGCUGAUAACGACAGCAGAUGGAAAAUUCCACUUGGUGAACAAAAACGGACGAAUCGAGAAGAGCGUUGAUGCCCACAAGGGUGCAACCCUUUCCGGCAAAUGGAGCUUCGAUGGCUCAGCAUUGCUGACAAGUGGAGAAGAUGGAAGCAUUAAAAUCUGGUCUCGAAGUGGAAUGCUGCGGUCGACAAUGGUCCGAGGCUCAUUACCAGUAUUGGCCGUCAGCUGGAGUCCAGAUUGCUCCAUGAUCCUCUUCUCCCAAGGCUCCCAACUUGCCAUUCAAUCCUUAAACUCCAAUUCAAAGCCUCGGAAGUGGUUUGCACACGAGGGUUUAGUCCUCGUCGUCUCCUGGAAUCGUAGUAAUGGAUUAAUCGUAUCAGGAGGUGAAGAUUGUCGGUACAAACUCUGGGACAGCAGUGGAAAUCAAUUGUAUAGUAGUGGAGUUGCUGAGUAUCCAAUCACAUCAGUUAAUUGGGCACUAAAUGGCAAUUACUUCGCUGUUGGAUCGUAUAAUACUGUUAAGCUCUGUGAUAAGACUGGGUGGUCUUACUCGUUAGAGAAAAUUAACGCCGGAAGUAUUUACUCCAUUGCUUGGUCCAACGACAGCACUCAAGUUGCUAUGGCUUGUGGCAAUGGAUGUGUACUAACUGCUCAUGUAAUUGAUAAGAGGAUUGAGUGGAGUAAUUAUGAAGCGACAUUGAUCAGGAGGAAGACUAUUGAGGUGCGGGAGUCUGAUUUUUAUGAUUUUUCCAGGCACUUUAUACUCGUCGAAUGGAAUUCUCUGACACUUUAUAGUUAUCAAGGACGAUUGCUGAGUGUUCCAAAAUGGAAAGGAAUGAGUCAAGAGCCCCUGUAUCCUCCCUGCAUCGCCCUUUGCUCUGAUACUCUAGUGGUGAGGGACCAGAGUAAUGAAAAAUUACUUCACAUCCUAGAGAUCUCCAGUAAUAAACCUGCAGUGGAGGCUCAACCCCAUCUGCAUGGUAAUAACAUAGCUGAAAUUGCUAUUAAUUGCAUGGGGGGAUUGAAUGAUCGACAGCUAGCUUUUAUCGAUGUAAAUCGAGAUCUGUAUCUUGUGACUGUGAGAACAAGUGGAUUUGGACGAGUUUGCAAAAUAGGUGAGCUACGAUUUACUGAAUAUAAUUGCUACAGAUUUUAUGUAUCGAAUAAAUUGUUUGUGUAUAUGGGGCAUAUACAUAUGUAAUGUAUAUAGACGCUCCUGAAAUUCUUGACUAAAAAAAUGACUGAAAUUUGCUUUUUCCCUGGAAUAUUUAGUGAAUAUGGAAAACAGCCGAGUAUCGUAAGCGUUCAGAAUGGAAUGGUAACAGUUCGACGUGGAGAUGGUGCUCUGGUGGCUACAGCAUUCUACACAUUUUUCACGAGUUUACAUAAACAUAUUACGAGAGAUAAAUGGCAAGAGGGUCUUUCAUUAUGUAGAAUUGCCCAGAACGAGAUUCUGUGGACUUGUAUGGCAGUUAUGGCGACAGAAGGUAAACAAUUAGAAGCUGCUGAGGAGUCAUAUGCUGCUAUUGAGAGGUAUGACAAAGUGGAUUACAUCCAGAGGGUUAAGAAAUUACCGAAUAAAACAGAGAAAUUGGCUGAGAUGUCACUCCUGGCUGGGGAUUUGCUGGGGGCAGAGGGGAUUCUUCUGCAGAAUGGACUCAUCAGUGAAGCCAUUCGCAUCAAUAUCCAGAUGUAUAAUUGGAAUAGAGCGCUGGAGUUGGCUGUAAGGCAUAAGAAACUUGUGGAAGACGUCCUAGAAGCUAGAAGCAAGUACCUGAAGGUAUUAGAGAAGGCGGAAACGAGUCCCAGUUAUCUGGCGUUGAUGAGUAAUAAAACAAAACAUGAG